CAAUCAACACCAACACAUUAGCACUACCAUCAAAUGAGUGGUAACACGAUCAUGUUCUCCAGUUCUAGAUGUUCAUCAUUAGGGCUCUAUGUGCUCCUUGCCACAAGCUGCCUAUUACUAGCUGGCUGCUCUUCAGAGUCGCUGCUGACAAGUGAUGUUCUUCCAAGUGAGCAGUCGGACAUCGACACCGACAACCACCAAGAUCUGAUGAUGGACCGUUUCCACGUGUGGAUGACGGUGCACAACAGAUCCUACUCCACCGCCGGUGAGAAGGCUCGCCGGUUUGAGGUAUACAGGAGCAACAUGAGGUUCAUAGAGGCCGUAAAUGCCGAGGCGGCCACCUCUGGGCUCACGUACGAGCUUGGGGAGGGCCCCUUCACCGACCUUACAAAUGAAGAGUUCAUGGAGCUAUACACCGGGCAGAUUUUGGAGGAUGACCAAUCGGAAGAUGGUGACGACGACGAGCAGAUUAUCACCACCCAUGCUGGGUCUAUCGAUGGCUUGGGCACACAUAAGGGUGCCACCGUGUACGCCAACUUCUCGGCCAGCGCGCCAAGGAGCAUCGACUGGAGGAAGAGAGGCGUCGUCACCCCGGUUAAAAACCAAAAGCAAUGUGGAUCUUGCUGGGCAUUCCCCACCGUCGCUACAAUUGAAGGAAUACACAAGAUCAAGAGAGGGACUCUGGUGUCUCUGUCGGAGCAACAGCUGAUAGAUUGCGACUACCUUGAUAAUGGUUGCAAAGGUGGCCUGGUGACCAGAGCUUUCCAGUGGAUCAAAAAGAAUGGAGGGAUCACCAGCACAUCUUCCUACAAAUACAAGGCCGUCAGAGGUCGGUGCUUGAGGAACCGUAAACCGGCGGCAAAGAUCGUUGGCUUCAGGAAAGUCAAGAGCAAUAGCGAGGUGUCGCUGAUGAACGCUGUGGCAAACCAACCUGUGGCAGUUUCCAUCUCGUCACAUAGCAGUCACUUCCACCACUACAAGGGAGGAAUCUACAACGGGCCAUGUAGUACAACUAAACUGAACCAUGCCGUCACCGUUGUAGGUUAUGGGCAACAACAACAAAAUGGGGCUGACUCAGUACAUGCGUCCGCCCCUGGAGCCAAGUAUUGGAUCGUGAAGAACUCGUGGGGGACAACAUGGGGCGACAAAGGCUACAUACUAAUGAAGAGGGGAACAAAGCAUUCAUCAGGGCAGUGUGGCAUUGCAACACGCCCAGUCUUUCCUCUUAUGAAAGGUGGUAGAUCGACUGAUUAAAGCUCACUUGCUUUAAAUCUAGAAUUCCAGAUCCAUCCAUUUUAAUUUGUCAAAGUUUGUAAUAUUGGCCAGCACGUGCACUGUGCCUACGUAUGUUGCAUGCGCUACUAUAGGUCUACGUAUGUAAUCCAUCUUGAAAAUAAGGAUCUGUACGAAGUUCUAAGUUUCGGUUGA